AUGCUAAGGAUAGCUCGAAGACUCACUAGUCGAUACGUCGAUACGUGUCCGCCACCAGCGUAUGACACCGGUUGCACACACUGCGGCAUCCCAGAGUUCCCUCCAGACAAGCAGAUCGACUUUGAGCGUAACCUCAACGGAACAGGCUCAGACCCAUGGAAACAUCUUCUUGUUUUUCUGCAUGGGUACGACGACUUCAGCAAGAUGCCAGCCAAAGUGGAGCUCACCGCUGGUUCAGUGGCGAGCGAGUUAACGCUGUUGAAACGAAUGCUCAGUCCAAAUCAUCCGGUGAGCGUAACCAAUGCGCUUGUGAAGGGCAUAAACAACAGACCCAACGACAAAGAGCUCAUCUAUUUAUACCCCGACAACAAGAUUGUCGAGUUUGACAUCAAGCAUGCAAAGCUGUUCGUUGAACACUAUUUAUUGCCUGAGAAGGAGGAAAUGACGGAGGUCUUCAACCCGUUUUCGCAAUCCACGGCGAACGUGAUGGGUAAGCAAGACCAUUCGAGUUUGUUUACAGAGAAACCCAUCGAAAGCGAUUUGGUACUCAUUUGUGGGCAUGCGCAGCGAGACAUUCGAUGCGGGCUACUUGCGCCAUUGUUGCAGAAGGAAUUUGAAAGGGUCCUCGAGAGAGAAGGUCUUAGUCAUGUCGAGACAGGUCUCAUUUCGCAUGUUGGAGGUCACGCCUACGCUGGCAACGUGUUGUAUUUCCCACGAGACUGUAGCAAGAUGCCCAUAGUGUUUUACGGUAGAGUGUUCCCAGAGCAAGUGCAGGGGAUUGUUAACACCACGAUCAAGCAGGGCAAGAUCAUCAAGGAGCUCUAUCGUGGAGACGUGCACGAGUAG